UGUCAAAAUGACAUUAAUGGCAUUGACAUUUGGCAGCAAGAAGCAACAGUAAAUAAAAAUUGGUAUCAAGGCACUCAUUAUCAUACCUACCUAUAUUAUUCCUUUGAUUGGUAACGAAUAAUAAAUUGUUGAUCGAAGUUACGUGUAAAUUGAAAAUAAUAAAUAAGUAUGAUAUCAAUAAGUACCUAGUAACUAAUUUACAAUGAAGAGUGAAAGUGCCAACAAUGCAAAUGAUCUCAGUUACAUGGGCAGCGACCCUGGCGCUGUAAAACAUGGAAACUUCAUCAAUUAUUACAAAUUUCACAACGUGGACCAGCGAAUUAACAAUUUACACCCAGAAAUGCUGCCAAAAAUAAAUUCCAAUGAGAUAUACUGUUUGGACAUCGGUUGUAAUACUGGAGAACUAACUAAAAGUCUAGUGGUCUAUUUAAAAACAAAUUAUCCAAACACUAAUAUUAACAUACUAGGAAUAGACAUAGAUCCGACACUAAUACAGAGAGCUAAUGAAACUAAUAACGUUCCUGGCAUAUCUUACAUGACAUCAAACAUAAUGAAUGAAACAGAUCGUUUAGAUAUUCAUAAAUAUUUAGAAACACAUGGAAAACAAAAAUUCGAUAUUAUAUUUUGCUUUUCUGUAACCAUGUGGAUACAUUUAAAUAAUGGAGAUGAUGGUUUGCUCGAAUUUUUGAGAUAUAUCAAAUCAUUGACCAAAGUUAUUAUUAUUGAACCCCAACCUUGGAACUGUUACAGAAAUGCCCAGCGAAGAGUGAAGAAAUCAGGAAGUUAUUUCGAACAUUAUGAAAACCUCACCAUAAGAGGUGAUGUUGACAAAACUAUUGAAAAUAUAUUGGGUGAAAAGCCACACACAAAAGUUUAUGAAUCCCUCUAUUCCUCAUGGAACAGAAAAAUUAAAAGUUUUAUGAUGGCUUUAUAGUGGGAGCAAUAAUAAAAAAGAAAAACCAUUGCAAUAACUAAAAUUCUAUUCACUAAUUAAAUACACAUUUACUUAAGAUAAAAUACAAUAAUGUUUGAGAUAUAUUCUGAAUAUAAUAUGAGAAAUGAUCAUUGAACAUACAUUUAAGUUGCAACUUCUUCAGUGCUAGAUUCAAAUUCUAAUUUGACAUCUCCGCCUAAGGUGUCCACAUCCAUUUCUGUUUCCUGAGCAUUCAGCAUAUUCAGUGUAACCUGGAAAUAUAUUAUGUAUUAAAAUUUAUAGACCAAUUUUUGUUUGGUUUAGCAUUCAUUCUGUAAUAAUGAUAUGAUGACAAAAAUAUUAUAUUGAACAUUGGCCUUACUAAUAAAAUGAACUUUUGUAUA